GCUAAACUAACAGUGACCAUGGAUGUGAGCCGGUUCACACCGGGACGGCGCAGCAGUGUCACCGUACAACUAUAACACAUGUCCACGGUGUCUUCCCACUUCUCAUCCUCCAUAUCUGUGUAAUUUCUACAUUUCCUGUGCAUUCGGCUGCUUAUCUUCGCGACUUUUGCCCUCUUUAUCCCACUGGGGCUCGUGCUAAUAGGUUAGCCUGCUAGCUAAUUAGCUCGAAGCUUGUCAUUGUGAGGCUAACUAACUAACUGGAUUUAACGGACAUGAGACAUGGCAUCUGUUCGGGUGGCUGUCCGGGUCAGACCCAUGAACAGGAGGGAAAAGGACUUGACCGCAAAAUGCAUUAUCAAGAUGGAAGGGAACAAAACGUCCAUCACCAACCUGAAGAUCCCUGAUGGCAAUGCAGGUGAAGGCAGGGAUCGAAUUAAAACCUUUACGUACGACUUCUCCUACGACUCCACGGACUCUAAGAGCUCCACAUUCGUCUCCCAGGAAAAGGUUUUUAAAGAUUUGGGCUCGGACGUGCUGAGGGCGGCGUUUGAAGGAUACAACGCCUGCGUGUUCGCCUACGGUCAGACCGGCUCGGGGAAGUCCUACACCAUGAUGGGAAAUCCUGGAGACGCAGGUCUGAUCCCGCGGUUCUGUGAAGGUUUGUUCACUCGUAUCGCUGCGACGACUCGAUGGGAUGAAGCUUCCUUUCGUGCAGAAGUCAGCUACCUGGAGAUCUACAACGAGAGGGUGAGAGAUCUGCUGAGGAGGAAGUCCACUCAGACCUACAACCUGAGAGUCAGGGAGCACCCCAAGGACGGCCCCUAUGUAGAAGAUCUGUCCAAACACCUGGUGCAGAACUACAGCGACGUGGAGGAGCUGAUGGAGGCCGGAAACAUCAACCGCACCACCGCCAGCACCGGCAUGAACGACGUCAGCAGCCGCUCGCACGCCAUCUUCACCAUCAACUUCACACAGGCUAAGUUUGAUUCAGAGAUGCCCAGUGAGACGGUCAGUAAGAUCCACUUGGUGGAUCUGGCCGGCAGCGAGCGAGCCGACGCCACCGGAGCGACGGGCGUCCGACUGAAGGAGGGAGGAAACAUCAACAAGUCGCUCGUCACCCUGGGCAACGUCAUCUCUGCACUAGCGGACAUGGCGCAGGAGGGAGUGAACACCAACCUGAAGAAGAAGGCGGUGUUUGUUCCCUACAGAGACUCGGUGCUGACCUGGCUGCUGAAGGACAGCCUGGGCGGAAAUUCCAAGACCAUCAUGAUCGCCACUGUUUCCCCCGCUGACGUGAACUACGGAGAGACGCUCAGCACCCUGCGGUACGCUAACCGAGCCAAGAACAUCAUCAAUAAACCCACCAUCAACGAGGACUGCAACGUCCGGCUGAUCAGAGAACUGCGGGCCGAGAUCGCCCGGCUGAAGGCUCUGCUGGUUCAGGGCAACCAGAUUGCUCUCCUGGAUUCGCCCACUGCUCUCAGCAUGGAGGAGAAACUGCACCAGAAUGAAGCCCGAGUCCUGGAGCUGACUAAAGAGUGGACCAACAAGUGGAACGAGACGCAGAACAUUCUUAAGGAAGAGACUCUGGCUCUGAGGAAGGAGGGGAUCGGGGUGGUGCUGGACUCAGAGCUGCCUCACCUCAUCGGCAUUGACGACGACCUCCUCAGCACCGGCAUCAUCCUGUACCAUCUGAAGGAGGGACGGACUUAUGUGGGCAGAGAUGACGCGUCCACUGAGCAGGACAUCAUCCUGCACGGUCUGGACCUGGAGAGUGAACACUGCAUGUUUGAGAACCAGAACGGGAAAGUGACUCUGGUGCCGCUCGGAGGAGCUCAGUGUUCGGUGAACGGAGUCCAGGUGACGGAGCAGUCGCAGCUCAACCAAGGAGCUGUGAUUCUGCUCGGCAGGACCAACAUGUUUCGGUUCAACCAUCCCAAAGAGGCAGCAAAGCUGAGGGAGAAACGAAAGAGUGGCCUGCUCUCUACGUUCAGCCUCUCCAUGACGGAUCUGUCUACGUCCUGUGAAAACCUGUCCACUGUGAUGCUCUACAACCCGGGUCUCUUCACUGAGAAGGGCCCCAUCUUCCUCAGGCUUGAGUUUGAGAGACAGCAGCGAGAAGAGCUGGAGAAACUGGAGCUGAAAAGGAGGCUGAUAAAGGAGAUGGAGGAAAAGCACCAGAGUGAGAAGGCAGAGCUGGAGAGGCUGCAGCUGGAGGUGGAGAGUCAGCGUAAAGAGUCUGAGGAGGUGCAGCAGAGGAUCCUCCAUCAGGAGGAGAGCCUCCGCUCCCGCAGCCAGGACAUCGAGAGCCGCCUGCGAGACUUCCUGGCCGAGAAGGAGCGCUUCGAGGAGGAGCGGCGCUUGGAGAAUCAAACGGAGGAUCUCCAGCGGCAGAAAUUGCAGCAGGAGGAAGACAUAGAGGAGGAGCAGGAUGAAGAGCAGCGACGGCAGCAGGAGGCGGCGGAGCAGACAGAGAUCUACCGCGAGCUGGAGAGGCUGAAGAGGGAGCGCGAGGAGCAGAAGGUUCGUCUGGAGACGGAGCAUCGGCGCCUCGAGGAGCAGGACCGGGAGCAGCUGAGUCUGGUGGGGCGGCUGGAGGAGCAGCUGAGGGAGAAACACGAGGCCUCCUCCAUCCUGCUGUCCCGGGAGGAUGCCCGCCGCCUGGAGGAGGAGCGCCGAGCCCUGGCUGAGAUCAGAGAAUCACUCCUCAGAGCAAAAGAGGCCUCAGAGCGGACCGACGUGGAGGAAGCCGGCGAGGAGGCGAGAUCAGCCCUGACACGGUACACUGACUUCAAGGAGGCGCAGGUGAAGGAGCUGGGCCAGCUGGAGGAGGGGCUCCGGCAGCAGAGGGAGCGCCUGGAGAAGGAGGUCUCUGUGGAGAGAAGCACUCUGCUGCACCUCAACCACGGCCUCAAAGACCGACACCAGCAGCUGAAGGAGAUGCAGGAGAAGGGGGCGCAGGAUGCCACUGCUGUUUCCCAGGAGGAGCAGCUGGUGAAGCAGGCAGAGCACAGACUGCAGUUCAAGGAGCGGCAGCUGGCCAGCGUUUCUGACGGACUCCUCCCAGUGCUGGCCGAGGAGAAGCUGAGAGCGGUCGAGAUGCUCGAGCGCAGCGGAGGAGGAAACAACGGGAUGCGACAUCCCGCCGGGCUAGACAACACGCUGUUCCAGGUGGAGAAGGAGCUGGAGGAGAAGGAGGAGAAGCUGAGCCUCCACCUGCACAGAGCUCAGCAGCUGCAGCAGCUCCAGGAGACCUACGAGUUCACGGCCAACGUGGCGCGGCAGGAGGAGAAGGUGAGGAGGAAGGAGAAGGAGAUCCUGGAGUCGAAGGACAAGCAGCAGAGGGAGGCGAUGGAGCAGGCCGUGGCCCGGCUGGAGAGGAGGCACUCAGCCCUGAGGCGCAGCGUCUCCCUGGAGCCUGACACCGAAGAGCAGAGACACAAGAGCUCCGUCAGGAACCCGAGGAACGGGGCCGAGCUGGAGCAGCACAGGGUGGAGCGGGAGAUCCAGAAGCUGCGACAGAGGAUCAGUGAAGGAGAAGACAACAACAGGAGUCACUCCAUCAGUAACGAGGAGAAGACGAGCUCUCCGGUCAGCCACAUGCAGAGUCUGAACACGCUGCUGCCGCUGUCCGACGACAGGAUAAAUGCAUACAUUGAGGAGGAAGUCCAGCGGAGGUUACGCAAGAUGAAUCUUCUCAACGGCAGCAGCAGCAGCAUGGAUCUGUCUCUGUCCUCCGAAUCACUCAGGGAGGAGGAAGAAGCUAGUGACUGUAGCUCUGUUAGAUUAACAGAGGAGGAUGAUGAAAAGCAGCUCAACAUGAAUCCGAGAAGGCUUAAAUAUGAGCAUCUGGUUGGUCGCGCUCCCGGGACGAGCUCCGACGGCCUUCAGGAGUCCGUUAAAAUUAAUAUUCCUCGUUACGUUCUCCGCGGGCAGGGGAAGGACGAGCACUUUGAGUUCGAGGUGAAGAUAACCGUGGGGGAGGAGAUGUGGACCGUGUUCAGACGCUACAGUCGCUUCCGGGAAAUGCACAAGAGCCUGAAGUUAAAAUACCCCGAGCUGGCAGCUCUCGAGUUCCCUCCCAAGAAACUGUUUGGAAACAGAGACGAGCGGAUGGUCGCUGAACGCCGGAAUCACCUGGAGCGUUAUCUGAGGAACCUGUUCCGGGUGAUGCUGUCCUCCUCCAGCUCUCCUCUCAGACCAGACGAUGACGGCGGUUUCCAUCUCAGCAAACACGCCAUCUGCGAGUUCUCUCCGUUCUUCAAGAAGGGCGUCUUCGAGCACAGCAGCCACGGCACCGGCUGACCCGACAGAGAGAAACACCCUCUUCCAAAACCAAAAGGAAGAACUGCUCGGUGCCUUUUCCCCCAGAGAAUCCCCUCAGAAGAUCAAAGAAGGAAAAGCUCGCAGGUCAGUUUCCUCUCCAGACUCCUGUCGUCCUGAAGAUCUGAAACCAGGUGCUGCUCAGAGGAAGAGGAAACUCACGGCUCUGUUUAAGGAGUUUAAUUAACACUAUGUUACGGCAAUAUUAACUAUACUUACAUGCAGCUAGGAUAUUUAUAGAAACUCCCUCAUGUAGUGAAGGUUUUGCAACUCUAAUAGUAGGAAAAGGCUGCUUUUUUAUAUCAACUGCUGAACAAACAGUGAUCAACUAAACGGUUCAUCAUCGGCAAAGUCAUAUAUAAUACAAAAACGCCACACAUUUCAGCUCGUAAAAUGUGAAGAUUUGAAAUCAUGAUAUACAGGAUAUAUAUGGACUGUCAGUCGCUGACAAAACAAUGCAUUUUUAACAGUUGACUUAGAGUCUGGGAAAUUAUGUUGGGCAUUCACACAUUUUUCACACAUUUUCACACAUUUUAUAGACCUAUGAACCACAGUUUCAAAAGAAAAUAAGGAAUGGAUAAUAGAAAUGUUUAUUUAUUGUAGUUGAAACACAUGAUGGACCUUGAAUUUGGGAGAGAACAGGUAUGAAAGACUGAACACUACUUAGAGAGUACAUCACAUUAUCCUUUGUUUACUGACAGUAGUUUGCACUCGGGUAUAAAUAAACAUUAAACUGUUAAACGCUAGUCUGUGUGUUAGCUCCAGAUCACAGAGAAACAGUAACAGUAACGAUGCAAUGCGAGAAGGACUAAAUAUUAGCAUGGCAAGACGUAAUGUGAUGUAUAUUUGAAGCUUUAGUCCAAAAAAAUCUAAUGUCUCCUGUUGUCAGACACUGUCACUGUGACUCCAGCACUGUUUUGAAGUUAGAGAAGGUCAGACAUCACUCAACAAAGGUAUUAAAGCUGAAGUAAGUUAGUGGAAGUGAAGCUAUAACACACAACCAGUAACAAGUCAUGAGCUGAGGCUGCCAAACCACCAGAGUUAAGAACGGGUUUCCAUUAAAGUCAUUCAUGUAAUAUCAGUGCCAAGCUUUGUAUGGGUCCAAGCAGGAGUUCAUGAAGUUCAAUUUAUAUCAUUCCCAGACGUGGAAUAAUCCCAAAGAUUGUUACAAGGACAGAAUUUGCCAUUUUUGUUAUUUUUACAUGUUGUUUUUAUACUUGAAUUGUGACCUGUGACCUUUAAAGGAUAUUUUGAGGCUUGAUCUACAACGUGAGAGUGCUGAGAAGAGAGAAAGUGUUUCUAAGUUUGUUCCUUGUAAGCUUUCUCCUGCUUUUACAAGUCAUUUAACCAUUUAUUUUGCUGUAAUUGUCCCCAAAGUUAAAUUAGGUGGAAGUUUGUUGGCAUUAUAUAGGAAUCAUAAUCAUGGAAAACCUGUAGAAUGAAUAAUUAGUCAAAUCAGCUCAAAUUGAAUCCCUUUUACUCAUCCGAUUCUCGUACGUUUAUACACUUAGUAAAAUUACGCAGACAUAAACUUUCAGAGGGAAUAUGUUUUUCCUCCGGCAGCUCGACACUUCUAUUUUCCCGAGCUGAUUUUAUUUCCCAAAGAUCCAUCAUGUGAUUGGAUCCUGAAGUCUUCCUCCUCACGGUUUAUUUUGGACACUAGUGGAGUUUAAAGCCGGCUGACCACUGACUGCGUUUCAUAAGCCAUACUGUGUGUAAAUAGAUUGUAAAUGUUGAUGUGCAUAGUUUUUCUAUACGAUAUGCUUGUCUGCAAUGUGAACGAUUGACAUUGAAUGUCAGUAAAGGGAAUGUACCACAACA